UGUGGUGUAGCAGUAGCGGCAGUUUCAGUGUGGUAGUGGGCACGGAAGGGUCGCGCCGCUGUUGUUACCCUGCCACAAUCCUGCCACCAUUCUCUUCUACUGCUACUACUACUGCUACUCCGUCUGCGUCUGUCACCGUCCCUCCCCAGCCUCCUCCACCACUUCUCCCCCUCUCCUCCCCUCUCUACACCCCAGCUGGUUCCUCCUUGCCAUGCUGAGAGGCACACACACACACACACACACGCCCUUCCUCACUGUCUCUCCUUCAAAAUCCUACGCUAAGUGAAGGAAACCGUUUAACUCCUUCAGUCCUUCAUUCUAUCUUUCUGUCCGCCGCUCCAAGCCACGUAUAACCUUUCUCGUCGACCCACGUACAACGAAACCACGGACACCUCCCCGUCAGUGCAUAACGCCAUUCACGACACGGACAAGGCCUUGGUUCUGCCCGGCGUGUGUGUCAGUGUGUAGGAGCGCAGGACAGCCGGUGCAGGGCCUUACAGAUCUUGUGUUAGGAGUCUAGGAUCUGGUGGAGGCUGUGAGGCAUCAGCUGGGUGGCGGAAGAGAGCGAGGAAAGAGAGGGAGAGAGAGAGGGAGUAGCCAGUUUCUCUCUCUCUCUGCAAGACAAAGGUACAGAGAGAAGAUACAGAGAGACGGAAAGUGAGAGAGAAAAGACAGAGUAAGAGAGAGAGACGUUUUUUAAAAGAGAAAUAAACUCAGGAAAGGUCAACAAGCAGUAAUACCAAGACCGGCUGUGACCCUUUGGUGUAACCUUUGACCCGGAAGUAGAAUUAACCAUCUCGUCGACUUUCAACACCACUGCAACACCUCAACACCCCGCCAACACCCCGUCAACACCCCCACCAUCACCACUACCACCACCGAAGAUAUAGUGCGACUGUGCAAGUGACUGGAGUGGUGAUAGUGACAAAUCGUGACAUACCGUGACAUUUCGUGACAUACCGUGACUCUCGUGACCUAAGAUGGAAAGGGGGGUUGUCAUGCGCCUUGUGAAGUGGGGGAGGGGUCUUCAGGGGAGCUCCAUCGCCCCCCUCCUGUUUGCAACCCAUGUUUCCCCUCCCAGGUUAACCCACUCUGCAGUUUGCCAGAUGUGUCCAGCCGCUUCCAACACCGCCACCAGCAGUAGAAGAUGGUGCAGCACUACCACCACCACCACCACCACAGCAACCAACCCUCCUCCGGCCCCCAACGCCCCACAAAACACAGGUGUGACGGUGACGGUGUGCAAUGGUCUGCCGCAGCUCACAGUGCCGCUCCCUUCUCGCAAUGACCGCUGCCGCUUCACCCUCCGCCCCGUCACCCACACUGUACAGGACCUCGUGGAUCAGCUCACCCACGAGGACCACGGCAUUGAUAGGGUCGUCCUCAGAACCAUAGAUGGCACGCGCAUUUCCUCCACCAUUUUCAAAGACUACAGAGACCAUUACACAACCACACCCCAGGUGGAGGACAUGUCCACCCAGCAGGGCAAGGUGGCGUGGAACGCAGGCCACUCCUCUGAGAGGAGGACUGUAAUAGGAGGUGUGUUGCAGGAGGAGCUGAGUGACAUGGGGGACGUGCGGCAGCUGGUGAACAAGCUGUACAUGGCCCUCAAUGUGGAUCAGCACCAGAUCAUGAAGGAGAGGGACAUCCUGGCGCAGAUUGAAGACCUCAAGACUCAGCUGGCUCCUCUUGAAAAGAAACGCGAAGACUUGGUGAAGGCAGCCGAGCGUCGCACCACCAUCCUAGCCUGGGCUGGGCUGGGGUACAUGGCUCUCCAGUUUGGGUUCUUGGCCAGACUGACAUGGUGGGAGUACUCUUGGGAUAUUAUGGAGCCCGUCACUUAUUUUGUCACUUAUGGUACUGCGAUGGGAGCCUAUGCUUACUAUGUGCUGACUAAACAGGAGUUCCUGUUACCCGACGUGCACGACCGACAGUUCCUGCUCUGCUUCCACAAGAAGGCCAGGAAGCUGGGACUCAAUGUGGAGAAGUACAACAUGCUCAAGAACCGUCUGGCAGAGCUCCACAAGGACUUGGACAGGCUACGGGACCCCCUCGCCCUCAACCUACCUCACUCCAUCCUGAAAGAGUCACGCAGCUCCAAGGCACCUCUCGCUAAGGCCCAGAAGACCAUCAAGAACCUGCUGGGCCUGAGGGAAGACAAGUAGCUCAGGCAUUUACUCUGGCACAGGAAACAAUAGCCAGCUGCACAGUGUUCUGCCUGAGUGGUGUCUUGGUGUGUGGUGCAGGCUCUUCCCUCACCACACCGCCACCACAUGCUUGGUUUGUGGGGACAGUAAGAGAUUAAACUGCCAAUUUUGAUAACUUUCCAAUGAGCUUUGCCGUGUUAGUGGUGUCCAAGAGAUAGAUUGGUGGUCUUGUUGUGGGAAUGUGUUCUCUGCGACGCGAUCCAUGCCAAGUGAAAUGUUGAUGGUGAAAGGUGCAGGCGGCCUCAUCUUGUGAAGUUAUUGAAUAUUGUAAUAGGCAGACACUUCCCCACCAGAAAAAAAAACUGAAACUCGUACUUGUUAUAUGAUAGAAAGGAAGGUUUUAAAAGUGUGGUGGAUAAAUGGAUAGACCCGUAAGAUAUUCAACACGCCGUCAGUCAACGCGCAGCCAAAACACUUUCUGUCGUACGUAAAUUAUGACCCAACAUAAACACACCAAAUCAACGAUAGCAACAGGGAACUACUACCACUACUACUACUACUUCCACUACUACUGUUAUUACUGCUAUUACUACUACUACCACUAUUACUACUUACAUUAAGGACAUUUUAGAUCUUUCAAUACACUUUACAUUUAUCAGGAGUACUUGGAAGGGAAGAUAUUAGAGGGACAUUGUGAGGUGAGGGAGGGAGAGCGGCAGUCACUCGGAAGCCUCAAGAGGGAGGAGAACCCGGCCAGUCAGGGAGGAGGAGGAGGGAACAACCCAAAGCCUUCAUCCUGGGAAGAAAUCAAAGAUGUGUAUCAAAAAGCACAAAUGUAUUUAUCACGUACGACUUGUUAAACCCUCAAGUAUACACACACACACACACACACACACACACACACACACACACACACACACACACACACACACACACACACACACACACACACACACACACACACACACACACACACACACACACACACACACACACACACACACACACACACACACACACCUCCCUAUAAUCUUGAGGCCAUAUAAACGCUUAACCUGAUCUUGCUGCUACAUACAUACAUACAUAACAUACUGUGGAAUGUUUCUAUUAAUCUGUUUAGGUUAAUUUUAUAUCUAGUAUUAAGUCCCUAAGCCAUGAGAGAGGCCAUGUCUGAGCCUUCUCGCUGCUUCUCACUCAUAUUAUUGCGUCAAACUGCAGCCCCACUCACUUUUCAACCCUUGACGCUCUGAAACAGGGAAACAAGCAGACACACAACACCCAGCCAUAGCCAGACAGGUUAAAAGAAAAAUGUGCUCUCGGAGGAAUUAAUAAAGUAAAAUUACUGAAUAAACAUCAACUGGCAAACAGGGAAGGAAAAACACACACACAUAGAUAGAUACAUGAAAAGAAUGUGCUCUCGGAGGAAUUAAUCAGGUUGAGUCUGAAAUGAAUAGGUAAACAGGCAAACGGAAGGAAAAACACACACACACACACACAUAGAUAGGUAAAAAAAGAUGUGCUCUUGGAAAAAUAAAUGAAGUCAUUGAAUAAACAGGCAAACAGGGAAGGAAAAACAUGCUUCUGGGAACAUAAAUAGAUCAGAUUUAGUAACAAUUGAUAGACAGUAAAAAAAGAAUGUGCUAUCGGAGAAAUAAGUAAAGUAGAAUCAAUAAGUAAACAGACAAACAGGGAAGGAAAAACAUGCUUCUAGGAAUCUUCUGGGAAUAUAAAUGAUUCAAAAUUAGUGAGCAUAGAUAGACAGGUGAAGGAAACGUGCUGACGCAUAAAUAAAUAAGGUGGAAUCACUGAAUGAACAGGUAAACAGGGAAGGAAAAAAAACAUGCUUCUGGGAACAUAUUG